AUGGAAUGGAGGGAGAGAAGAAUCCAAGAGCGAGAGGAGGCGAGAGCCUGGGGAGGGAGGCGAGAGCCAGGGGAGGCGAGAGCGAGGGGAGGGGAGGCGAGGCGAGAGCCAGGGGNAGGGGAGGCGAGAGCAAGGGGAGGCGAGAGCCAGGGGAGGGAGGGAGGGAGAGCCAGGGGAGGGAGGGAGGGAGGGAGAGCCAAGGGAGGCGAGAGUGCAGAGGGAGAUAUAGAAGAGGACAAACUAAAACAAGAAAAGAUUGAAAGUGCUCACUUAGCUAGUACCUCUAACGACAAAGGCAGAAGAAAGAAAACUGAGAAUUCUAGUAGUGAUGCUGCUAAAGAAAGGACGCUUAUUCCUCCGACAACUGACACCGGUGCCUCCAGUUCUCACCGCGGCUCCAGUUCUCUCUGCUCUUCCUCCGAUUCUUACUCAAACCCUCCCGCCAGACCCUCCCAACCCAUCAUCAUCCAACCAGUUUCCUACCCUGUCAAGCCCAAAUCCCCGCCGCUAGAACCCUCGCCGGAAUCCUCACCACCACCUGCCGAACCGCAAUCCCUCCGCCCGCCGUCGGACUCGCAGCGCGCAUGGAGGCCAGAUCUGUGGUCAUCGUGA